AUGACGGAUACUUCUCCUGAUCUAAUAAAAGAUGCUGAAAUUCAUCAAAAAUUAAACGAAAAACAACUUUCAUUUGAUGAAUUGUUUCAUCGUGUUGAUAAAAAUAAUGAUGGAACCGUUGAUGUUGACGAAUUAAUUGAAUUAUUAGAAAAAUUUGGUGUGGAAAAAUCACCUAAAAGACGUAUAGCGAUUGCACAUCGUAUUAUAAAUCAAGGUGCUGGAUCAUCAGAUGCAUCAUCUCUUUCAUUUCAACAAUUUGCUGAUUAUGUUUUAAAACAAGAAAAGAAACUUAGUUUAGUUUUUCGAAAAGUCGAUGCAAGUCAUCAAGGAAAAUUUGAUGCGGAAGAUUUAGCUUUUUAUUUUAAAAAACUUGGAAUUAAUCUUGAUUUAGCAGAAGCAAAAAAAUUAGUAGAAAAAAUGGAUCAAGAUAAUUCUUUACAAAUUUCCUUUGAUGAAUGGCGUUCAUUCUUUAUGACUAAUCCAGCGAUUCUUGAAAGUGUUACAAAUGAUCCACGUGAAAUGCUUCGUUAUUGGCGCAGUGCAUCAUAUUUAGAUUUAGGUGAUUCAUCUUAUGGUGCAUCUACAGAUGCUAUAAGUGAGGGUGGAAAAUGGUGGAGAAAUCUUGUUGCAGGUGGUGUUGCUGGCGCUGUUUCAAGAACAGCUACUGCUCCAUUUGAUCGACUCAAAAUUAUCAUGCAGUAUUUGGGCUCAAGACAUCGUCUAUCUGUAAUAAGUGGUUAUCGAUAUUUAGUGAAAGAAGGUGGUGUAAGAAGUUUAUGGCGUGGUAAUGGUGUAAAUGUUUUGAAAAUUAUACCUGAAACAGCACUUCGAUUUGCAUUCUAUGAAGAAACGAAAAAAGUAUUACAAAAAAUUCAAAAUAAAGAAUCACAUACAGAAACAACGAUCUCUGAACGAUUUAUUAGUGGUGCAGCUGCUGGUUUUAUUUCUCAAACUGCUAUUUAUCCUCUAGAUGUUUUAAAAGUUCGUUUAUGUUUACGACGAACAGGAGAAUUUUCUCAUUGGUCAGACGCUGUUAAACGUAUAUAUAGAGUUGAAGGUCCAAAAGCUUUUUGGCGCGGUUAUGUACUCAAUCAAAUUGGUAUUGUUCCUUAUGCUGGAUUUGAUUUAGCAUGUUAUGAAACUCUUAAACGUCUUUAUAUUACCAAACAUAAUAAUCAAGAACCACCAAUUUAUGUAGUUCUUGGUUGUGGCGCAAUAUCAUCAUUUACCGGUCAAUUAGUUACUUAUCCAAUUGCAUUAAUACGUACACGUCGACAAGGUCAAAUUGUUCCACUACCUAAUAU